UUAACAUUUGCGUGAAUUUUGAAAAAAAAAAACUUAAGAAAACUGUUAUCUAAAAUCAUUUAAAGGUCAAUUGCUGUGAGUGCCUUCGUAAAUUGCAAUCCAGCCCGAAUAAGUUGGUUCUUUUUUAUUAAUAUUUUUUAAAGUUAACACUGGAACUACAACAAAAACCAGCGCAAUAACAUAAUGACAAUGUACGGUUGUUCUAUCGCCCAUCAGUUGGCUAUUGCCAUUGUUCUGCUGUCAAUUGCGUCGCACUUGUCGCCUGGACAAGCACAGCAGAGCCUUGCUAUUGACGAUCAACAACCACCAGCAAUGCAAAUGUUCUUCAACGAGCUGCUCGGUUCCGGACCGCCUGAUGGCAAGAGCAACUAUUACGCUCAGCAGUUGAAGUAUCAACAGCUGAAGCAUCAGCUGCAUCAGCAGCAUCAGCAGCAGCAUUUGCGUCUAAAACAAUUGCCAAUCGCUUACUUUACUAACCAAUGGUCGUCACUGCGGGAUUUGAUUAUGAACGCCGACUACGAUUCGUUGGUGCCUGUCAGUGACAGCUCGGAGCGGGAGCGUGCUCCGCAGGGAUCUCAACUCUUGGCACGUCUGCACAGGCUGGCUGACAAUGCUGUCGACGGCAAUGAUCAGCUGCUCAAGCUGAGCUCCGGUGUUAAGCAGCAUAGCAGCAAGAGAAAUGCGCAGUAUAUGAGGCCAUGCCACUUUAAGAUCUGCAAUAUGGGACGCUAGCGCAAUGCAGGCUCAAAUUCAGCCAACUGAACCAAUUCACUAGAGCAUUUCAAAGUUAAAGGCAAUUGAAGUCAGCAAAAUGCGAAUACAGCAAAAAAAUACCAA